AUGCUGCAGCAGCGCAUUCUUAAUCUGCUAGCCGUGCUAGGCGUUGACGUUACCUCGCGGCUCAAUACUUGGGAUCAUCUGUCCGUCGAUACUACUCAGCCUCUUCACGACUGGAAAACUGGUGCGGGUUUCGGAAAUGCCAGUGUGCGGUAUCGAGAAGUGCCGUCUCAUAUCUGCGAGCUCGAGCCAGGUGUGAAGAGCUAUUCCGGCUACGUCGACAUCUCCGAGCACGAACACAUAUUCUUUUGGUUCUUCGAGGCACGAAAUGCAGAGCCUGAGAACUCACCGCUGACGGCCUGGAUCAGUGGUGGCCCAGGAGACUCAGCUAUGGCCGAGCUGUUCACAGAGCAUGGGCCCUGCCGUGUAGAUCCCGAUGAGAAAACUAUACACUACAAUCCGUUCUCGUGGAACAACUACAGCAAUAUGCUAUACAUCGACCAGCCGGUACAGGUUGGGUUCUCGUAUUCUGAACUCGUGUCUGCAUAUAUGGAUGGCGAGUCAGAGGAGAUCGUCGAGCUCGAGGACGGCGCUCCUUGCCCUGAAUACGCCGAGAUAUGUGGCAACUUCUCCAAGCCUGAUCCUUCUGCCACAUCGAACAGCACGGCCGCAGCAGCUCCAAACUUCUGGAUCACCUUGCAGGCUUUCAUGGCGACAUUUCCUCAAUACUCAAGCCACGGGUUCCAUUUUGGUAGUGAGAGCUAUGGAGGUCAUUACGUUCCGGUCUUCAGCCAGUAUAUACUAGACCAGAACGACAAGAACAUUGCCCAUGCCAGACGUAUUGACUUGGCUUCAAUACUGGUGGGCAACGGAUGGUUUUCGCCACGACUACAUCUUGCUUCAGACUACGAUUUUGCAUUCAAUUCUGGGAAUCCUUACGACUUGGAGAACUUGGAUGAUUCCGUCAGAACAAAAGUCCAUGACAACUACUAUGGCAAAGGGAAUUGCCUAGAUCAACUAAAGGCCUGUGAGGCAACUGGCUCAGAUGCAGUGUGCCAGGCAGCCGACCAAUUCUGCCUUGAGAAUGUUCAAGACCCUUUCAUCGUUGCCUUAGAACGAGACAUAAAUGACGUGCGAGAGAUGGUCCCCUCCCCAUUCCCUGGAGACUUCUACGCGGAAUAUCUUCAGCGGCCUGAGGUUCGACAGGCCAUCGGAGCUUAUCAAACAUACAUCGAGUUGAAUCCCACCGUGGGGAUCGCGUUCGAUUCAACUGGAGAUGACGCACGAGACCUCGACAUCAUACAUAUCCUCGGAAACCUUCUUGACAAAGGUGUGCGCGUAACACUAUACGCAGGAGACGCCGAUUACGAGUGCAACUGGCUCGGCGUCGAGGCCGUCGCCGAUGCAGUGGGAGCUCGAGGAUUCGACGAGGCGGGAUACACGAACAUCACGACGCCUGACCAAGUCACGCACGGCCAAGUGAAGCAAAGCAGCGGCUUCAGCUUCGUGAGAGUAUUCGAGGCAGGCCACGCCACCGGCGCCUUCCAGCCAUUCCUGCUGCAGACCAUCUUCGCCAGAACCGUGGCUGGCACGGAUCUCGCAACGGGAAAUCGGCAGGCCAAUGCUUACUACCAGAGCCAAGGGCCACAGAGAAGCACCUAUCGAGAAGGCAACGCCACCGUGCAAGACCAUGUCUGGCCUGGAACCUCGACUUAUAAUCUCACGUCCAAUACACCCACGUUGGACAACUUUCAACCAUCGAAUUUCCAAGUCCUGAAGAAUGCCGAGUACUCGUAUGAAGAUCACUACUACCACUACGUUCUCUUGUUUUUUUGGGUCUUUUUAGCCAGCGACAUGGCUUUCAACUUGUCCUUUUUGGGCAAUUAUACUGUCGUUGGGGGUGGCGCCCCAGGAAAUGCCAGUAUUUUUGUUGUCGUGCCCCCCAGUACCCACCGUAAAGUGGUCAGGGACUGGAUGGUCAUCGUUUGCGCGGUGGUGACCACCGUGGUCACCACUGGAGGCGCCAUCCGGCGCACCUGGAACCGGUGGUACGGCGGGAAAGGAGCGGAGGUAGACAAACCUCCAGCUGCAUAG